AAUCACAGGUCCUGAUGUCAUUGCAGAUAUUUUUCCAUUUAGGCACUGGAGAUACCAGCCUCUGAGACAAAAAUUGUCUACAAACUAUGGCUGAUGCCACCUCACUCAAUGAGAAAGAACUCCCCAAUGCUGAAGUGCAGAAGAACCGCAUACUAACCCUGGAAGAAUGGCAGGAUAGGUGGGUGGUCCGUAACAUCGGAUUUCAUCAGGAAUAAGGGCAUCGGCUAUUAAAGAAGCAUUUGGAUACAUUUCUUAAAGGCCAGAGUGGACUGAGAGUGUUUUUCCCUCUCUGUGGAAAAGCAGUUGAGAUGAAAUGGCUUUUUUGUGCCCUUUCUAGCUAUGCAGAUGUAAUACUGUCCCUACUGAAUAAAGAGUUUCACUACCUCGUGGCCAUCCUUUCUUAUGAUCCAACGAAACAUGCAGGCCCGCCAUUUUAUGUUCCAGAUGCUGAACUUAAAAGGUUAUUUGGUACCAAGUGCAGCAUUCGGUUCCUUGAGGAGGUGGAUGCUUUUGAAGAACGACACAAAGCCUGGGGAAUUGAUUACAUUUUUGAAAGAUUGUAUCUCCUUACAGAAAAGUAAAAAAACAGCUGGUGGUGUUGGUGCACGCCUUUAAUCCCAGCCCUUGGGAGGCAGGGGCAGGUGAUUUCUAUGAGUUUGAGGCCUGUACACAGCUCCAGGGCAGCCCAGACUAUGCAGAGAAACU